AUGAUAGACGGGAGAUUAGGGCGUGCAACAUCCCGUCUUUUAACGAACGAACAAAAUAUUUUAAAGGAAAAAGAGCUUGCCAAGAAGCUUGGCAAAAUUCCACCUGAAGAAAGUGUGAAAAUUCCUCAAAUUGGCGAAUGGAGUCUUUCACUUAGCAAAACUGCUACAACUUCAACAAAACAAUUACCAUCUCCACUAUAA